UGUGAUGCCGUCAGAGGAAACGGGUGGUUGUGAGAACCACAGAGCCUGCAGAUGUGAGCCGGGAGCCCCGAGGACCCUGCAGCAGAGCUCAGAGACGCAGUCCUGCUUCCCCACCCGGCUGUACUUGACAGGACCACCUUGUCAGAGGUCUCUGAGGAGCACGGGGCUCCUGUCCCAUCCGCGGGGUACAGACCGCUUCCACAGGCAGAUGCCGAGCUCCUCAAAGCUCCCUGAAGACUCUCACAGGCCAAGAGGUUUCUAGGUGGCCUAGAACCAAGGACAUUGGCAGACUUCCAGAAGACUUUCCAUCCCACCCAGAGUUCCAACCUCUUCAGCUAAAGCAUGUGACUUAGCGGGGCCCCCACCCCAAGACUCUGAUGACAGGAAACCAAUUUCUCUUGGCGAUGUGCUCCUGAGUGUUCUUCUGAGGAACGAUGGGAAGUCAGCCCAGCAGGGGGAAAGCCCUUCCAAGUCCAAACUUCAGCCCGUGUGUGCAAGGCCAGGAUCCCGAGCCCAUGCAAGCAGAGAGGAGCCGGGCCAAGGCCGUGGCCCUGGGCAGUUUCCCAGUGGGCGAGCAGGCGGAGCUGUCGCUGAGACUGGGCGAGCCGUUGACCAUCGUCUCAGAGGAUGGAGACUGGUGGACGGUGCUGUCGGACGUCUCGGGCAGAGAGUACAGCAUACCCAGCAUCCACGUGGCCAGAAUCUCCCAUGGGUGGCUGUAUGAGGGCCUGAGCCGGGAGAAAGCUGAGGAACUGCUGCUGCUGCCUGGGAACCACGGAGGGGCCUUCCUCAUCCGGGAGAGCCAGACCAGGAGAGGCUGUUAUUCCCUGUCGGUCCGCCUCAGCCGCCCUGCCUCCUGGGACCGGAUCAGACACUACAGGAUCCAGCGCCUUGACAAUGGUUGGCUGUACAUCUCACCACGCCUCACCUUCCCCUCGCUCCUGGCCCUGGUGGACCAUUACUCCGAGCUGGCGGAUGAUAUCUGCUGCCUCCUCAAGGAGCCCUGUGCCCUGCGGAGGGCUGGCCCACUCCCUGGCAAGGCCAUACCCCCACCUGUGACUGUGCAGGCGACACCACUCAACUGGAAAGAGCUGGACAGCUCCCUCCUGUUCUCUGAAGCAUCUGCCACAGGGGAGGCGUCCCUCCUCAGUGAGGGGCUCCGGGAGGCCCUGAACUCCUACAUCAGCCUGACUGAGGACACCUCCUUGGACGAAGCCAAGGCCGAAAGCAGACGGCGAAAGGGGAACCAAGGCUGCAGCACCUAGGGCCCCAUCUCAGCUCAGCCUGAGCAAGCACCCGAGGCAAGGCUGCACGGAGGGGGAGGGAGGGCUGGGACACAGAGGCAUAUCCAGUGUCCCACCAGUAUCCUCUGUUCCUUCCCCUCUUAGUCCUAAGAAAUCACUUAACCUCCUCCUGGCACGAUGACUUGGCCUGCAACCUCUAGUUCAAGUCUAGAGCAGUUAAGAACAGGGCCAGGACUCCAAAAAGAGACCAGAUGUCCCCUGGGGUCUGACCCAGUCAGUUCCUGAGUUUGGGAUUUCCAGUGUCAUCUCCUGCCUGUCGAGAGUCAUUUUCCAUCCCACAACUCCUCCCACAAGGUAGAAAACCACCACCAGCAUCAAGGCGGAAGAAGUAACCAUUUAAAGAAAACUGACCACACCUCUUAAGGUGGACUGUGGCCUGGAAGGAACAGGAAAGCAGAGGGGAUAGGUGGCUUAAACAGCAGCAGAACCUGGGCUGGCCAGCUCCCACCUGACCGCCAUGCCAAGAGCAAGGCCUCUGACAGUCCAGGUCCUCCACAUCCCCGUUAAGCCCCUUCUCUGGACAGUCCUAGCUCUCAGGUCUGUUUCAUUGUGUGGCUCAUCCUUUGAACCUGACUAUGCUUUUCUGGCUACAGCAGUCUUGCCACCUUGUGGCCAAAUGCAAAAUGACACCAUCUGAGCCCAGCACACUGAGGCGAGGUUAUAGUCACAUUCCCUGGGCAGGGGCAUCAGAGGGUGGUGAGCCCUCGCUCCACAAAGUCAAGGCCACUGCCGGUACCAACUCCAGUCCUCCAUUUCCCUGCUGCCCAUGAAAGGAAAGGGGACUGGCUGAAGCUGCUAAGUGAGCAGAGAGAAGAGGGAAGAAGGAAGGGGAGGGGAGGCCACCUCUAUUGGGGAGGGGCCUCUAUUGCCCUACUGGGUUCUGAAGCUAGAGUGGAGGUGGGAACGGCUUUACCAGUAUCAUCAACAGGGUCUCAAUUAAAGAUCUGAUUUAUUCAAGUAUCUGAAAACAUUCUACAAUGAAAAUCGUUAUCAGAUGCUGCUUGUACUGUGCUAUGGACCAUGCACAUACUGCCAUACUGUUUUCAGAAGACUUGAAAUGCCCAUGAUUGGUAGUUUAAAAACUGUACACCUGAUGGAGAAGGAAGACAAUUUAAUGUUUCAUCCAGAUCCAGAGGUGCAGCAAAUUAAAGGACAGCUCCAAUUGGCAAACAGGUAUCUCAUGAUGGUCUCCAAGAAGAAACGGUUGGCGAUGGACAGUUCAAAAGUGCUUCUCCAAAAGGUGGAUGGUUCUUUAAAAAGUUUCAGGUCGCAACCCUUGCAGAAGACACUGACGCCCAACACACGGAUUCUCGGUCCAGGAAACAUGGGUCUUCCGGGUUCCACGUGGCUGGGGAGCCCCUACCAAUCAUGCUUCUGUGCUGUGACUAAGAGGGUCCUCUGGACCAGACAGGGAGCAGGCUGGGGCCGUGCACCAUCAGUCAUAGUGGAUGGCAGUGUAGAAGAUGAUCCAGAUGACCUAGAUGGGAAAGAAGCAAUGUUUAUAGGUCCCUUCACCAAGAGGGUCAACACAGGCUCCUACUCCACCAAACAAAAGUGUCCUAACAAAGUGCGCACGGUGGACUUCCUGGGGGCUAGCCAACGUGCGAGCUGCUUGGGGGCUUAUAUAAUUUCACUGAAAACAAGAUGUCUCCAGUAGAACCCAGGACCACCUUGCUGUGCUCCCAACGGACCCUGGACAAGUCUCUCCUCCUGCCAAACAUGCAAGGGCUUGAGUUACAGAUGUGGAAAUGAUGGAGGAAAAGUCAACUGUACUGCUAGCAAGGGUUAGAACUGGCAACACGUGAAAACGGAACUCACGUCAUACCCUGUCAGCUUCGUAUCAGAGCAGAGGUUCUCAAACCUGACUGUCCUUGGCAAUCUUCUGGGAUUUUUAAAAACAGAGAGAUGCCUAGGUGCCACCCCCCAGAGAUUCUGAUUUCAUUGGUCUGGGCUAGGGUCUAUAACUUUUAAAAUAUAACUUUGAGAUGUAAUUCAUUGUUCAUAAAGUUUACCUCUUUAAAGUAUAUACAAUUCAGAGGUUUUUCGUAUAUUCAGAGUUGUGAAAACAUUUUAGAGCAUUUUUGUUACCCUGGAAACAACCUAUUCCUGUUAUCAGUUACGUCCCAUUUCCCUUUCCACCCCUGUCCUAACGACCACUAAUCUACUUCUUAUGCAUAUGGGUUUGCCUCUUUUGAACAUUUCACAUAAACAGAAUCACAACAUGUG